ACUCGCCAUGUGACUAAUCUUCGUGGUAAAUAUAGUUUACACAGAGGAGGUACAUCUGAUUGUGCCACAGUCAACGAAGUCUGUUGCACUAAUAUUAGGGCAUUUAUGCCAAGGAAGGGGGAUCGCUUUCGAGGAAGACAACUAUGUAAUUAUGUGUCAUGAUAUCGUUCGGAUCAAAAUGGCGGGCUUUUCGAUCUUCGAAAUUCUGCAAAGUGAUAGUUCGUUGUGGUAAUCCGUAGAUUUGGCCAUGGCUGCAUUGGACAGCACGUCUGAACUCAGUACUCUUUUGGAAACUUGGAGAAGGGAAGAUCAGGAUAACGUCUCACCCGUUAAAACGCUAGAAAGGAUAGCAGAGCUGGUAGAACGUGAGAAUGAGGCGUAUCAUAAACUAGAUCCAGAUCCUUUUGACGAUCGACAUCCAGGUAGAGCUGACCCAGAUUGUGCAUUAGGCCAUCUUUUGAAGACACUCUUCAGAAAUGAUGAAUUUAUGGACAAACUAGUGAACUCUUAUAUCAUGAGCACUGUGGAAAAGUUUGAUCUGAACUGCACUGCAGCAAGAGUGUUGUUAAAUGCCAUGCCAGGGUUGGAAAGUGCUGCAGUUUUUCAAGAUAUGGAAGCCAUGCUUAGUCGUUUAUGCAAAUGGGCUAGAGAAGCCUCGGAACCCCUGAGAUCGUAUGCCACAGGCCUUUUAGCAUUUGCCAUGGAAAGCCAGGAUAUUGCUGCAGUAUUCAGAGAAGAAAACUCCACCUUGGUUCCCUGUAUGCUGCGGCGGUUGCACAUAUUAAAGGACUUGUCAGACCUAACUCAACCUGCUGUGACAGACCUGUCAAACAGGAUUAUUCUCAAAGCAAAGACGAACAGGAACAAAAACGAAAGCGGUAACAGUGUGAAUAACAAGAUAAAGAGAGUGAAUCUUGCCGAGCCAGGUCCCUCAUGUACUGUGCCACAGAAUGGGGAAAUAUCUGGUUUGUGUAAUGGAGAAGUGGAAGAAGUCAAUAGCUACAGUGUAAAGGGUAAAAGCUGUCUACAAACUAAACAUCCAUCGCCAGUAAAGACGAGCAAGGGUUUCCGUUCAAAUGGAAAUGCAAUUUGUUCAGCUAAGGGAGGGUACCACAUAGUCCCUAUGUCCUUUUCCCUCUCCCCCCUGACCCUUGGCAUGCAGCAGAGAAUAAUCCUACAGUAUCUGACUCCCCUGGGGGAAUAUCAGGAGCUGUUGCCAACUGUGUUCGAAUCUAAAGCCCUGGAUCUUGUGAUGCACUACAUUACAUUGAAAGGCCAAGUGGACCUACAACUUGUCUUUGAAGCCCUUAAGUAUUUGGCAUCUCUUCUUUGCCACAAAAAGUUUGCCACAGAAUUUGUCACCCAUAACGGUGUCCAGCGGUUACUAGAGGUGCCACGCCCAUCAGUUGCCGCCACAGGAUGUUCUAUGUGUCUGUAUUAUCUCGCCUACAAUGAGGACGCCAUGGAGAGGGUGUCCCUCUUGCCGAACCCUGUGUUGAGUGACAUGGUCAGAUAUGCAUUGUGGCUUCUAGAAUGUUCUCACGACUCGGGCAGAUGUCACGCAACUCUCUUUUUCUCACUCACUUGUUCCUUUCGAGCAGUGCUGGAAUUGUUCGACAGCAAUGAUGGUCUGCGGAAGCUUGUGAACCAGGUAAUUAGUCAUUUGCAUAUGAUGAACAGACUUCAAGGUUUCACACUGCUGCUUCAGUUAAUCUCCUUGUCGUCAGACUGGGGAAUGACAAGUAAUAGAGCGGACGCUAUCCGAUUAGCAGCCGAUGUAACCCGCCUUGUGUUAGAGAUGCUGUUUGUGUUGACAGUCGGUCCUAAGGCUCAGAUGGCGCUGUGUGAAGAAGUGCAACUUCCUUCACGAGAACAACAAAAGGGAAUAAGGCUUCUGCUGCGUUGUGCUGAAGGAAGUUUACUCAACGACUCUGAGGUGCAGAAAGCCGCUUUGCACGUCAUUUGUAACUGUGUGUGUGGACCUCGAGUCAGGAUAAGCGGAGCUGUUGCAAAAUUCCAGUCGAAAUCCAGGCCGGCAUUCAAAAGCAGCGACGACGUCUUAUCCAAGAUGUGGGGCUGCGUCAGGGCCAGUAAUGGCAUCAAGGUUCUGCUCUCCUUACUGAUGGUGAAAACGCCCUUGGUUGAUGCAGAUUGCAUUCGUGCUUUGGCUUGUAAAGCGUUAUGUGGACUGUCGAGAAGUGACAAGAUUAGACAGGUGAUAGGAAAACUACAGCUUUUUAACAGGGGCCAGUUACAAAUUUUGAUGCGAGAGCCGGUUAUUGAGGAUAAUGCUUCUGACCACGCCCUUUUCUGCAAAUAUGCUGCCGAGCUGCUGGAAAGAGUCACACCNAAUUAACAAAUGGCUGAUGUUGUUGCGCAGACUCACAUUUCAUAUCCGGCAAAAGAGCUGUUACAACUGGUUCACAGUCACCUUACAACCCAAGGACUUCAUGAGACUGCAGAGGUUUUACGGAGAGAAGCUAAUCUACCCGGCCCAAAACCAGAAUCAAAUCUCCUCUCUACACCAACUAAUAGGAAGUCCGAUUUGUCUAUCGUUAGACCUCACAAAUGCCCUGAACCAAAAUACAGAUAUUACGCGCCAUCGAACAUGACAACGAGAUUAAAGCAAAGAGAGGUGAUUCCACGUCAUGGCGGAUUUAACGGCGUCAGACUUAACAGACGGUUUGUGUACGGAAGCCCGAUGGCAAGUCUGUUUUACUUGGAACACAAAUAGGCGAACUGAAGGAAUACAACUUAAUAACUGGACAGGAAGAGGCGACGUACCUCUGUAGCGCAGACAGAGCAAUUUCUAUGUGCCAAUGUUCAAAGGACCGCGAGCUUUUGUUAACGUCAUCUUCUUCUGCUUUCCCUCCAUGUGCCCUUUGGUCAUUUGGAGACGUUUUCGAAAUCAAACAUCCAUUUGGCGAAGACACUUGGGUAAAGUUUAGUAAUUUAUCAGAAGACAGAAUUAUUGGCACACACGACGCUACUGCGCACAUAUACGACACUGCGACGGGUCAGCGGAUUCUGACUCUGCACGAUUGCAACAACACUAACAACUACUCAAAGAACCUCGCCUCCUUCAAUCCCACGGACGACCUGGUACUUAAUGACGGAGUAUUAUGGGAUGUUAAAGGGAAACGGGUUAUACAUAAGUUUGACAAGUUUAAUAACUUUGUCAGUGGCGUGUUUCAUCCAUCUGGGCUGGAGAUUAUAAUCAACUCAGAGAUUUGGGAUCUUCGGUCUUUCCAUUUACUGGACACAUGUCCUUCAUUAGAUCAGUGUCACGUGAUCUUCAACAAUAUUGGUGACGUCAUGUAUGGAGUAAAACACAUUUCGGAUCCUUUGGAAAUACCCCUAGCCUCCAGGCUCCUUGGACCGUACGAGACCUCGUUCAGGACCUUUGACGCAACAGAUUACCAACCAAUAGCUACAAUCGACGUAAAGAAGACAAUAUUUGAUUUGUGUACUGAUAUAACUGACAGCUUUGUAGCCGUUAUUGAGAACCAGGCCAGCACAGACGAGAGCGUUUGCCGUGUGUACGAAGUCGGGCGGAUGCGUAGAGCUGAUGACGAGGACGAGCAGGAAUCCGACGAAGGUGGCGAGGAAGAUGACGAUGUCGAUGACGAUGAUGAUGAGAAUGAUGAUGAUGACGACGAGGAGGAGGAUGAUGAUGACGACGAGAUUGAAAUCACGAUAUCUGGCGAUGAUUCGGAUGAUGACAGUGAUAUUGCAAAUUUUUGAAGCGUAGCUUUUAAGUUUCCAUCUUUUGGUUUUUAAUUCAACUCAAAGAUGAGCAUUUGAUAUUAUUGUUUUUAUCUCUGAAAAAUGUACGUAUAUCACAAACAAUUUGAGAAAGAUAUGUUAACUGUAUAGACGAAGGAAAAACGACUUUAUCAAAGGCAGGAAUCAAAAUAAAACCAGCUGUCGCCGCCCUUACGGUGUUGCUGUAGAUAAUGAAAGAUUUUGAGAAAAAUG